UGCAGAGCCACUUUUAAUGAAAGGUGCUGCUAUUCUUCAUCACUUGGUAUUCUAAAAAUGUCCUAAUGUCUUAGGCUAUUGUCAAUUGAAACUCUGCAGAAGAAGAAGGUUCGAAGGUAAAGGGUUUUCAGAGACUGGGAAUUAGAGUUUUAGAGAGGACACAGUCCCAAAAAACACCUGGAGCAUCUGAUUCUACCAUCCAACACGACAAGGAGGACAAAGCAAUGGAUGGAGAACAUAUCCCCGAACGACCCCGACCAGGUUUUGUCCUGGCAGACUACGUCGUCUUUGCUGCCAUGCUGCUCGUUUCCAUGGGAAUAGGGCUGUUCCAGGCCCUGAAGAAGAAACCGGGUGAUGCUAAGGUGGAUGACUUCUUCACCGGUGGCCGUAGUAUGCCAGUCAUACCCGUGGGAAUGUCACUGUGUGCCAGCUUCAUGUCAGCUGUCCAGGUCCUGGGAGUGCCAGCUGAAGCCUCCCUCUAUGGUUUUAAGUUCCUAUACAUGUGCCUUGGGCAAACCAUCAACUCCUGUCUGACUGCAUACCUGUUCCUGCCAGUGUUCUACCGCCUUGGUAUCACCAGCACCAAUGAGUACCUCAAGAUGAGAUUUGGCAGAGAGAUGCAGCUGCUUGGAAGUGUCCAGUUUAUAGUCUCAACACUGCUCUACACAGGAAUUGUGAUCUAUGCUCCAGCCUUAAUCCUGAGCCAAGCCACUGGGCUCAAUAUGUGGGCAUCCCUCUUCUCAACUGGGUUCAUUUGUACUUUUUACACCACAUUGGGAGGAAUGAAAGCAGUCAUCUGGACAGACGUGUUCCAGAUCCUGGUCAUGCUCUCUGGCUUCAUCGCCAUCUUCAUCCAGGGCACUGUUUUGGUUGGUGGGCCAGCAAUGGUUUUGGAGAUUGCCAACAAUGGUUCACGAAUGAACUUUAAUGAUUUUGACUUCGACCCAAGGAGGCGAUACACAUUCUGGAGCUUUACUGUUGGCGGUACGCUGUUGUGGCUGUCCAUGUAUGGUGUGAACCAGUCACAGGUACAACGCUACAUCUCCUGCAGAACUGAGCGACAGGCCCAGUGGGCGUUAUUUGUCAACCAAGUGGGCUUGUGCCUCGUUGUAGGCAGUGCAGCCACCUGCGGCAUUGUCAUGUUUGCCUUGUACUCCCACUGUGACCCUUUGAAGUCUGGAAAGAUUGCUGCUCCAGACCAGUAUAUGCCAUACUUGGUGCUGGACAUCUUUCAAGACCACCCUGGCUUUCCCGGUCUUUUUCUAGCUUGUGCAUACAGUGGCACCCUGAGUACCGCCUCCACCAGCAUCAACGCUAUGGCAGCUGUUACCAUGGAUGAUCUACUGAAACCAACACUAGCCAACAUGUCACAGAAGAGGUUGAUUUUAAUUUCCAGAGGGCUGUCUUUCAUGUAUGGGGCUGGAUGUAUAACGGUGGCUGCUCUCUCAUCCUUCUUGGACUGGGGAGUUCUUCAAGGGUCCUUCACAGUCAUGGGAGUGGUUAGUGGCCCACUUCUUGGGGCUUUCAUCCUGGGGAUGUUUGUUCCCGCUAGUAACAGGCCGGGCGUGUUUAGUGGCGUGGCGGUGGGCUUCUCCAUAUCCUUGUGGCUGGUCAUUGGAUCAACCCUCCAUCCUCCCAGUCUGCAGACCAUGGGAGUCCUGCCCACCUAUACAGAUCAGUGUCCAUCAAGUAACAGCACAGUCAACAGCAGCCUGGGCAUGGACACACCCUCCGCCUCCACGCCGCUUCCCCUAUAUCAACAUGGACGGACAAGUCUGCAGAACUUUUAUUCCAUGUCCUACCUCUACUUUGGUGCCGUGGGGACAAUUUCAGUGGUGCUGGUUGGGGUAGCUGUGAGCUAUGCAACAGGACCUACCAAGAGAAAUACCAUUGACCCUGGCUUGCUCUGGUGGGACUUACAACAGAAAACCCUGGACAGUCAGAUGGACAAUCCACAGAUAGUGCCUCUACACCACUUGCACAAUCAAGAUGUUGGUGAAAAAGAGGCCCUGAGCGCUGCGCGGAAAACUACCUUAACUCAAUGUUCCCCAAUAAAGUAUAGAGAGCUUUGAGAGAAGAAAGGUGGACACACACACACACACACACACACCAGUCAAAAGUUUGGACACGUACUCAUUUAAGGGUUUUUCUUUAUUUUACUAUUUUCUACAUUGUAUAAUAAUAGUGAAUACAUCAAAACUAUGAAAUAACACACAUGGAAUCAUGUAGUAACCAAAAAGUGUUGAACAAAUCUAAAUAUAUUUUUAUAUUCUUCAAAGUUGCCUCCCUUUGCCUUGACGACAGCUUUGCACACUCUGGACAUUCUCAAAACCAGCUUCACCUGGAAUGCUUUUUCAACAGUCUUGAAGGAGUUCCCACAAAUGCUGAGCACUUGUUGGCUGCUUUUUCUUCACUCUACGGUCCAACUCAUCCUAAACAAUCUCAAUUAGGUUGAGGUCGGGUGAUUGUGGAGGCCAGGUCAUCUGAAGCAGCACUCCAUCACUCUCCUUCUUGGUCAAAUAGCCCUUACAUAGCCUGGAGGUGUGAUGGGUUAUUGUCGUGUUGAAAAACAAAUGAUAGUCCCACUAAGCACAAACCAGAUGGGAUGGUUUAUCGCUGCAGAAUGCAGUGGUAACCAUGCUGGUUAAGUGUGCCUUGAAUUCUACAUAAUUUACAGACAAUGUCACAUCUCCAUGCUUCACGGUGGAAACUACACACGUGGAGAUUAUCCGUUCACCUACUCUGCGUCUCACAAAGACACGGCAGUUGAAACCAAAAAUCUCAAAUUUGGACUCAUCAGACCAAAGGAAAGAUUUCCACUGGUGUAAUGUCCAUUGUUUGUGUUUUUUGGCCCAAGCAAGUCUCUUCUUAUUAUUAGUGUCCUUUAGUAGUGGUUUCUUUGCAGCAAUUCAACCAUGAAGGCCUGAUUCACACAGUCUCCUCUGAACAGUUGAUGUUUAGAUGUGUCUAUUACUUGAACUCUGUGAAGCAUUUAUUUGUGCUGCAAUCUCUGAGGCUGGUAACUCUAAUGAACUUAUCCUCUGCAGCAGAGAGAACUCUGGGUCUUCCUUUCCUGUGGCGGUCCUCAUGAGAGCCAGUUUCAUCAUAGCGCUUGAUGGUUUUUAUCACAGCACUUGAAGAAACUUUCGAAGUUCUUGACAUUCUCCGGAUUGACUGUCCUUCAUGUCUAAAGUAAUGAUGGUCUGUCAUUUCUCUUUGCUUAUUUGAGCUGUUCUUGUCAUAAUAUGGACUUGGUCUUUUACCAAAUAGGGCAAUCUUCUGUAUACCACCCCUACCUUGUCACAACAACUGAUUGGCUCAAACUCAUUAUUUUCCACAAAUUAACAAAGCACUAUCUCAUGAAGCUGAGUGAGAGAAUGCCAAGAGUGUGAAAAGCUGUCAUCAAA